AUGUCAUCUCUUACUCCUGGCCAUGUCCUUCAAGGCGCUCGUUGGAACUACCGCGUCCUAGAACCUAUUAAAGGAGACAGCACGCACAUUUCCACCAUUUUUAAGGCCCAGAUCGUUCCACGUGAAUGCGUCGUCCCCGAAGUCCCCAAAUGGGCUUUGAUCAAAGUAGCAUUGCCUGGCGAUGAAAUUGCCACUAAGAACAUGCAACAAUGGUUAGAUGCCACUCUCGCAGAGGUGAAAUACUGUCCUGAUAUGCGUAUCUACUCCCUUAUCAAGUCCUUUUUAAGAGUAGCGUUCACAAGUUGUGUCGUUCUCGAGAACUACGAAUAUGUGAAUACAGACUAUAAACCCGCUAAUAUCCUACUCUCCGGUAUCCAGACUGACCGUGUCAUUGCUAAAGUGGGGGACUUAGGACUCGUUGUCCCGAUCGGCAAACUUAUUAACGCCCAACCAUAUGCUAUGCGUGCCCCUGAAGUCUUCCUAGGCAAAGCGUGCACUGAGCCAUCGCAGGUCUGGGCUGUUGCCGCGAUGUUACUUUGCUGGAUCAAACCUGGUGUGUUAGGGGCAUGGGGUAGCCCCUUUCUUUUGCUUGACGAGGCUUGGCCUAUAGCAAAGAUACAGCGGCUCUUUCCCGACUGGGAGAUCUCGGCGCCUGAGACGGACCUUCUUAAUGUUACAGUGAAAUCUGCCCGAUCUUUAAGUGAAAGGGUGCCAGAACUACAAGCGAUCCUACCUCUGGAUGAAGAGACGAAAAAGGUGGAGAUGCCGCAGCAGUUAAGAGAUCUUCUUCGUUUCAUUCUGGUACCUGAUCCGAAAUUAAGGCCCUCCGCUUCAUCUGUGCUUGCAUCUAGUGAAUUUCGAGAGUUCGAAAAUUAUGUGAGCGAGUAA